UACAGAUACCCGCCACAGCACAGCGAACACAGCCCUAGCCGCUGCCGCCUGCCGGCGCUGCCAACCCUAGCUCAUGUUCCUGCGGCGGCGGCGGCACUCCCCGGAGGUGCAAGAACCUGCGCCACCAGCCGGCGCCCUUCCCUUUUUCAAGUAUUUCUUCCCCCAACGCCCCUAGCCUUUUCUGUCUCUGUCGCCGGCGUCCUUUCGCCGCCGCCGCCAUCGCCGUCGUUCUUCUCUUCUAUCUCUCUCUGUUAUUCAGUCUCCAGCUAUCGAGCGACUUCAGGCUCAGUCCGGCAAACACCUUCAAGCUCAAUCCGACGCCCUUCAAGAUCUGGUCGGCGAGCUUCUCUGCAAGUUGUUCUUUCACAUUUUGGUUUACCUCCCCCUCCGCUUGGAUCUUUUGCUCCGCUUGUACCUGCUCUCCUCUAUGCGCAAUACUUUCAGAUAUUGAAAUUGUUCUCAUUGUAUAUUUUCUGGUGAAAGAAUCUUCUCCUUUUAGUGCUACAUAAAACCCUGCAGUAAUCAAUCAACUAUGUAUUUAUUCAGACUUGUUUUCUGAUAGUGCCAUGAUCUGUGCAAAAUUCAUCUGUACGAACUGUUACCUGAGUUCUCAUAUUAAUGUCGAUGUACUUAAGCCAGGUUUCAAGUACUUUGAUCUUUUUCCGGCUUCUUUGUUCUGAUCAGUUAGUAGCCAACAAGUUGUCAAGAGAAUUUAAACUGAUUUCAGAAUGCUGCUGUGAUCCAUAUCCAUGAGCUGUGAGGCUAAUCUGUAUAUUUUUGUUGGUGAUGGAAGAAUCUUCACUCUACUAUUUGAGUUGAUUUGUGUAGUGAUAUAUGAGGAUUGCACAUUAGCAUGUUCACUGAAGGAGGCGACGAUGUUUCAGGCUUGCAGGAAUCCAAAGGGCUCCUUUGAUCAGCUCUGGUUUGAUGUUGGUGGUUUCUGCUUAUCGGAUCACUCCAAGGGUCCGCCACUGGUUUCGGGGGAACCCUACCGGGGGCCAUGGCUGCGGCGGAGACACGGGCGCGACAGGAGAAAGUGAGGAAGUUCGAGGAGUUCGUGGACCAGCGUCUGAAGCCCGACCUCGCCAACGCUAUUAAGCAGCGCAACAAGGUGUUUGAGCAGCAGAAGACCUUCUUGGAUUUGAAGAGGAACAUUGAAAAUUUGGAGAGGAAUGGCGUCACUAGCAUUCGGUCCAUGGUCAAUCUUGGCUCGGAGGUGUACAUGCAAGCAGAAGUACAGGACACAAGGCACAUUUUCGUGGAUAUUGGUCUAGGUUUUCAUGUGGAAUUUACUUGGCAAGAAGCAUUACAGUUUAUAUCUGUAAGAGAGGCAAGGUUGGCUAGGCAAAUAGAUGAAUACACGCAUCUCAUUGCAAGCAUAAAAUCACAGAUCAAGCUGGUAUGUGAAGGUAUCCGUGAACUGCUGCAGCUACCACCGGAGACAGAGUUAUCACCUAGGAAUACAUGGUAGAAUUUGGUUCUCACGGCAAAGGGUUGGUGACAUCGAGCUUGUAAAAUGUGGUGCAGUUGUGCAAGAUGGUUCCAUUUAUGACAGCAACAUGGCUUAAAAAUCUGAUGACCACCUGCAGUUGAAAUUAUCCAAACCUUGGAGUAAUCUGAAACCAGAUCAUGAGGUUGCCGAUCGUACAACAA